AUGGAUAUUGACACUCCACGUUUCCUUCAAAUGAUUUCAACUUUGGUUCUCAUUCUAGUUUCUGUUCCAUCACUGACUUCAGCGUCUCUCAAAGUAGGUUUCUACACCUCCACAUGUUCAUCUGCGGAGGAAAUAGUGAGAAAUGCCGUAAACAAAGGAAUUUCUGAAAAUCCUGGCAUAGCUGCUGGUCUCAUUAGGAUGCAUUUCCAUGACUGCUUUGUUAGGGGCUGUGAGGGUUCUGUGUUGCUAGCAUCUACCCCGGGUAACCCAAUAGCGGAAAGAGACCAUCUUGCCAACAACCCAAGCUUACGUGGGUUCGAGGUGAUCGAGGAGGCCAAGACACAGUUGGAGGCUGCAUGUCCUGGAACGGUGUCGUGUGCAGACAUAUUGGCUUUCGCAGCACGAGACAGUGCUCUUAAAGUUGGCGGCAUAAACUACGACGUUCCAUCAGGACGCAGAGACGGUCGUGUCUCUAUCGCCGACGAAGUGGCACAGAAUCUACCUGCACCAACCUCGAGUGCCGCUGAACUCGUGAGUAGAUUUGCACAGAAGGGUUUGAGUGCAGACGAAAUGGUGACACUUUCAGGAGCUCAUUCGAUUGGUGUGUCGCACUGUUCCGCCUUCUCGAAGCGCUUGUACUCUUUCAAUGACACGUUCACGCAAGAUCCCUCCAUGGACUCUUCCUACGCUGAAACGUUGAAGACCAAGUGCCCUGCGCCACCUGCUACCUCAGACCCAACACUCUCUCUUGACCCUUCCACUCCGGUUCGUUUGGACAUCAAAUACUACGAGGGAUUGAUCAACCACCGUGGCCUGUUGACGUCGGAUCAGACGCUGUUCACCACCCAGUCCACAAGAGACAUGGUCGUGAACAAUGCAAACAACGGUGCAAGCUGGUCUGAGAAGUUUGCCAAGGCAAUGGUGCAAAUGGGUUCCAUAGAAGUGCUCACUGGCUCCAGUGGCGAGAUCAGGAAGCAUUGCAGCUUUGUUAAUUAACUAACUCACUCACACCUGCUACACUCAAGCAAAACUCGGUCAAUCACUUCUCAUUGAAUUCUUUUUUUACGUGUUUUUGGCGGAAAAAUAGGUUGUUUCUUGUUGAUUGAAUUUGGUAUUGUAAAUGGCUCUAAGAGGGUGCAAUGAAGCUAUGUAAAUCGAUGCUUACAUGAUUUUGAUUAAAGUUGAAGUGACUGCGUUGUAGAAAGUAAGCGAGGGGAGGGUAAAGUGAGAAAGAAGGGGGGUGAAGAAAGCAAAAAGAUGUCCGGAAUUGUGUGACAUGAAUUUUGAAUAGAAUAAUGAGGCGUUAGUUAGAUGUUGGAAGAAGGAGAGGUGGCAA